CCAUAGCUUAACCCGACUCCCUUUCUUCUCUUCAUUUCUCCUCUCUCUCUCUAGCUCGCUCGCUCGCUCUCGCUCUCUCUCUCUCUCUCGUCUGCUAUCGACGCCGCGACUGCUUCUCCGCCGCGUGAGGCCACCGUAUUCCGCCAUAUCACAACCUCCAACCCUCAAGGCUGUACAAUACACGAUGGGUUAUGAGUCGGGUAGCCCUUCCCAAGAAGGAAGGGAUGAAGAUGAUGAGGAAGAAUACGAGGAGGGUGGUGGGGGUAAUCGGUUUUUGGGGUUCAUGUUUGGAAACGUUGAUAAUUCUGGCGAUCUUGAUGUUGAUUACCUUGAUGAGGAUGCAAAGGAGCAUCUUGCUGCGCUGGCUGACAAGCUGGGUCCCUCUCUGACAGAUAUAGAUCUGUCAGAAAGAUCACCACGGACACCUGCUGAUACUACUGAACAAGAUUAUGAUGAGAAGGCUGAAGAUGCAGUUGAUUAUGAAGAUUUUGAUGAGCAGUAUGAGGGUCCAGAGAUUCAAGCUGCUAGUGAGGAGGACCAUUUGUUACCCAAAAAGGAGUACUUCUCUACUGAAGUUUCUCUUGCUUCAUUGAAGCCUACAUCUGUGUUUGAUGAUGAAAAUUAUGAUGAGGAACUUGAACAAGAACAGGAGGUGGUGGAUAACAAUUUGGAAGUUCAAACUACCUCUUUAACAGGUGACCAGGGUGAAAUUCUUGGUGUGGUUUCUGAAAGUGAGAAGUCUUUUGAUGAUGAUUUACAACAUGCCUCCCUAGAAGCUGAAAAGUUGGCUGUCGAUUUAGAAGAAUUCCAGCAGGAAGUACCUCAAAGUCAGGAAGAGUCAUUGGAUGGGAAAGGCUCUACACCACUGCCUGUUUUGUGUAUUGAGGAUGGGAUGGUAAUCUUACGAUUCUCUGAAAUUUUUGGUAUUCACGAGCCCUUGAAGAAGGGGGAGAAAAGAGACCGUAGGUUCUCCAUUCCCAAAGAUGGGUAUAAAUCUUUGGACAUGUCUGAUAUUGUUGAAGAGGAUGAGGAGGAAUUUUUAAAGGAUGCUGGUCAAGGUUAUUCAUUUAUGAAGCAGGCACAUUCAAUUGAACUUGAAGGCUCAGUUUUUGAUGAUGACAAACCAGAGGUCACAACAUAUGGUGUUCUGCAAGAGGCUACCUCAUUGCCUUCAGAAGAUGAUGGGCAAAGAAAGGACUCCUGUCUCAGUGCAGAACCAAUGAAAGAUGGGGUAAUAGGAAAUUUUUCUGUUGGAUUGCAGGCACCACGAUGUCCUGGGUUUUAUCCUCUUGAUCAGCAAGACUGGGAAAAGGGAAUUCUUUGGGACAAUUCUCCUGUAGCGAGUGAAAAUUCUGUUGAAAGUUGUGAAAUUUCUGGACCUGACUUGGACACUUCAGUUGUUAGUGAAGCAGAACUCGAGACAGGGCGACAAAAUCCUGGGUCAGAGCCCCAAACAGAACCAGAUGAGAAUGAUCAUAAUAGUUUUCUUCGCCGCUAUCCUGAUUUGCUGGAGCCCUUUGGCUCAAGAAACUCUUCCCCUCCAUUCUCAUUAAGACAAUAUCAUCCGCAACUUUUGAGGUUAGAAUCCUGCUUAGAAGUGGAUAUUUCUGAUCAUGGAGAUGGUGGAAAGGAGAAUGCUAGUGAGGAUUUUCACCAAAGUGAUGGUUUAAAGCAUUAUAACAAACUCACAUCACAAUAUAAAGACUUGCUGGAAGGGUCUUGGUUUGACAAAAUAAUAUGGGAGACAAAUAGGCCCAUUGAAAAGCCAAAGUUAAUCCUUGAUCUUCAAGAUGAGCAAAUGCUUUUUGAAAUUUUGGAUAGCAAGGAUGCUAAACAUCUUGGGCUUCAUGCAAGGGCUAUGAUUAUAACUCGUUCCAUGAAGUCAAGGACUGGGGAGUCUUUUGAGCAACCUGGUCAUGGAGGCCAAGCUGGUUGGCGAUCUGUUGCUAAUGACAAACACUAUUCAAACAGAAAAUCUUCUCAGAAAAUUAAAUCAAAUUCCGAAAAACGUACAGUUCAUGGUGUCAAAGUUUUUCAUUCACAACCUGCACUUAUGCUGCAGACAAUGAAGCUAAAGUUGAGCAACAAAGAACUAGCCAAUUUUCAUCGGCCAAAAGCUUUGUGGUAUCCCCAUGACAAUGCGGUGGCUGUCAAAGAACAAGGGAAGUUGCCUACCCAAGGGCCCAUGAAACUUAUUGUGAAAAGCUUGGGUGGUAAAGGAAGCAAAAUUCAAGUGGAUCCUGAGGAAACCAUCUCUUCUGUCAAAGUAAAAGCUUCUAAAAAGCUAGACUUCAAGCUGCCCGAAGUGGUAAAGUUAUUUUACUUAGGGAAGGAACUUGAAGACCAUGGAUCUCUUGCUUCCCAAAAUGUUCAACCAAACUCCUUGCUUCAUCUUGUUCGUUCAAAAAUACACUUGUCACCAAGGGCACAAAAGAUGCCUGGAGAGAAAAAGUCUCUGCGUCCCCCUGGGGCAUUCAAGAAGAAAUCUGAACUUUCAGUGAAAGAUGGUCAUGUCUUCCUAAUGGAGUAUUGUGAGGAAAGACCAUUGCUGUUGGGCAAUGCUGGGAUGGGUGCAAGACUUUGCACUUAUUAUCAAAAAUCUGCCCCAGAUGAUCAAACUGGCUCCCAGUUGCGAAAUGGAAACAGCAGCUUGGGGCAAGUCAUUGUUCUGGACCCUGCUGAUAAAUCCCCUUAUCUUGGAGAUAUAAAACCAGGAUGCAGUCAGUCAUCUCUUGAAACAAACAUGUAUAGAGCACCCGUAUUUCCCCAUAAGGUGCCCUUGACUGACUAUCUCUUGGUUCGUUCGGCAAAGGGAAAACUUUCCAUUAGACGCAUUGACAGGGUUAAUGUUGUUGGACAACAGGAGCCUCUCAUGGAGGUGAUAUCUCCUGGAUCAAAGGCCCUUCAGACUUAUAUGACAAACAGGCUAUUGGUGUACAUGGCGCGUGAGUUCCGAGCUUUCGAAAAGCGUCAUUUGCUCCCUUGCAUUCGUGCAGAUGAGUUGCCUGGACAGUUUCCUUACCUCUCUGAAGCCAUUAUUAGGAAGAAAUUAAAGGAGCAUGCUAAUUUGCAGAAGAGGCCAAAUGGUCAGUGGAUUUGGGUUAAGAAGCGCAAUUUCCGCAUUUGGUCAGAGGAUGAGUUGAGAGAGAAAGUGAAACCUGAAGAUGUUUGUUCCUAUGAAAGCAUGCAAGCUGGUAUCUACCGGCUCAAACAUUUGGGAAUUUCUGGGGUAUUACCUUCUUCCAUUUCAUCUGCAAUGAGUCGGCUACCCGAUGAAGCUAUAGUUCUGGCUGCUGCAUCACACAUCGAGAGGGAGCUGCAGAUAACUCCGUGGAGCUUGAGUAGCAAUUUUUUUGCAUGUGUAGUUCAGGGAAAAGAAAAUAUUGAGCGUAUGGAAAUUACUGGUGUUGGUGAUCCAUCUGGUCGGGGCCUAGGUUUCAGCUAUGUCCGCACUGUUCCAAAGGCGCCAAUGUCAAGUGCAAUGAUGAAGAAGAAAACAGUUACUGGUCGAGGAGGAGCCACUGUUACUGGAACAGAUGCUGAUCUUCGUAGAUUGAGCAUGGAGGCAGCACGGGAGGUUCUUCUGAAGUUUGAUGUUUGUGAGGAGGAGAUUGCGAAACUGACUAGGUGGCACCGUAUUGCUAUGAUACGCAAACUUUCAAGCGAGCAAGCUGCAUCGGGGAUACAGAUUGAUCCCACAACUAUCAGCAAGUAUGCGCGUGGCCAGCGGAUGUCAUUUCUUCAACUGCAACAGCAGACAAGAGAGAAGUGUCAGGAGAUUUGGGAACGACAAGUUCAGAGUCUUUCUGCCUUAGAUCGUGAAAAUGAGAGUGACUCUGAAGGAAAUAGUGAUCUUGAUUCAUUUGCUGGGGAUUUAGAGAAUCUUCUUGAUGCAGAGGAAUGUGAAGAAGAAGUAGGUAACUAUGAGUCAAAGCAUGACAAAGCAGAUGGUGUUAAGGGGCUCAAAAUGAGAAGGCGCCCAUCCAUAGCUCAGGCGGAAGAGGAAAAUGAAGAUGAAGCCGCUGAAGCUGCCGAAUUAUGCAGGUUACUCAUGGAAGAUGAUGAGGCUGAGAGGAGGAAGAAGAAAAAGACUAAAGUUGUGAGGGAGGAAACAGGGCUGGCUUUGGGCUUGCAACCAAGUUUUGGUUUUGAGAACACAAAUCGGAUCAAGCAAAUUGUCAGUACUGCCCAACCUGAUGGGUCCUAUUCUUCCAAAGAGAUAUUUAAUAAAGACAUGAAGGAGGUAGAAAAUGUUAUUGCGAAAAAAGGCAAGUAUGGAAAGGUGAAAGCUUUAACGAAAAAGAAUGAUAUCACAAGUGUUGGUCUAGUCAGUAAGAAAAUCAAAAUAUCGGGAGAUAAAGUCAAGGUUUUUAAGGAGAAGAAAUCUGCAAGAGAGAGUUUUGUUUGUGGGGCAUGUGGUCAGCUUGGACAUAUGAGGACAAACAAGAACUGCCCUAAGUAUGGAGAAGAUCUAGAAGCACACGUUGAAACUGCUGAUCCAGAAAAGGCACCUGUAAAAAUAAAACCUCUGGAUCCUUCUAGUCAGACCCAGCAGAAAACUCAGACAAAGAAGGCCAUUCCAAAAAGUGCUACAAAAAUUGCCGUGGUCGAAACUCCUGAGGCUGAAAAAUCUAGUUUGAAGGCAAAAGUUCUUCCAGUGAAGUUCAAGUGUGGUUCCAUCGAUAAGUUUUCUGAUAAUCUUGCUGUUGAAGCAGCACUAAGUUCAGACCAACCAGUCACUCCCAAUCCUGAAACUGGGAAGUCAGCUGUUAAGGUUAAUAAAAUAAUAAUUCCCAACAAGAUGAAACCUGAAGAUGCAGAGACCCCUAAACCCUCUAUCAAAAUACGACCACCAGCAAAUACAGUAAGAGAUCAGCUGGAAUCUCAUAAACGCUCUAUCGUGAUACGGCCACCUACAGAAACAGAUAGAGAACAGCCUCAGAAGAAAAUCAUAAUCAAACGGCCCAAAGAAAUUAUUGACCUGGACCAGGUCAGUCAGGAUGGAAGUCCUAGUUUUGAGUUCCAGAAGACUAAAAGAAUAGUUGAAUUAUCAAAUAUUGCAAAGCACAGGAAGCAGGAGAGGAGGACUUUGGCUGAGGAGUCUGCAAAAAAGAAACCUAGAGAGGAUGGAAGAUGGUUUGAAGGGCAAGAAAAGUUAGUAGAGAUAAAAAAAUAUGCAGCAGCAAUCAGAAGUGAGAGGGAGGAAGAAGAAAGACAGAAGGCAAAGAAGAAGAAAAAGAAGAAGAGGCCUGAAAUAAGAGAGGAGUAUGUAGAGGACCCCAGAACAAGAAGAAAUGACAAAAGGGUGCCAGAGAGAGAACGAAGUGCAAAAAGGAGGCCUGUUGCUGAGCUUGGAAAGUUUGGUGCAGAUUAUGGCCCACCAACAAAGCGUCGUAAGGGGGGAGAGGUUGGUUUGGCAAACAUCUUGGAGCGCAUAGUGGAGACGCUUAAAGACCGGUAUGAGGUAUCCUAUCUUUUCUUAAAACCAGUCUCAAAAAAGGAAGCUCCUGACUACUAUGACAUCAUAAAGCGCCCUAUGGAUCUAUCAAGAAUCAAGGAGAAGGUGAGGAAGAUGGAAUACAAGAGCCGGGAAGAUUUCAGGCAUGACGUGUGGCAGAUCACCUUUAAUGCCCACAGAUACAACGAUGGCCGCAAUCCAGGAAUUCCUCCUCUUGCAGAUCAGCUUUUGGAGAUUUGUGAUUAUUUGUUAGUGGAGAACGAUGAACAUUUGACUGAAGCUGAAUCUGGUAUCGAGAAUAGGGAACAGUAAUAAUUAGAUAUAUAUUGAUGUUAACUUAGAAAAAUUCUGCCUGAAUGCCCCUCUUUGGUGGAGCAAAUUUUUAAGUUUAAGGGGUUUUUUCAUGGCUUGUACAUUAAGAGAUAAGUUUGCACUGCAACGCAUUAUAUGUCAACUGCGUCCUUGGUAAAUCAUUUGGAGAGAGAGAGAGAGAGGGAAGGUCAGGGUGGGGGGGGAAUUUAUUUGCUUCCCUUCUACAUAUUUGUAUAUAAGUUAAUCAGCGACACGAACUUCGAACCUGUAUAAUAGCAAUAGGAAAUGUAUGCGGUAUUCAUCAAACUACCCAAGGUAAUUAGUUUGUGGUUACAUAUCUUUGGCCAAGUAAUAAUAUUAUAAAUUUUGCAAAA